AUGUCUCCCCUUAACUCUACUUCCACCCGAAAGCGCGGUCGGCCCCCCAAGUAUCAGUCUGCAGAAGAGCGACAGGCCGCGAAGAUAACACGACAACGAAAUCAGCGACAAGCCGCCCAAGCGGCUAAACGCAACACCUUCUUUGAUGAAUACUACUCGGCCGGUCCAUCUGCAACUGGUGAACGCCCGAUCGCUUCUCUUCCUGGCAUAGCGGCGUCGUCGGUGACCCAUGAACUGGAAGAGUUGCUCCCGCCGUUAAGCCCCAAUCCAGCUCCUCUGGAGCUCGAAGAUAGCUCUAUCCUAAUUGACGAGCCGCCUCUAGAGCUCAACAGUCUCGAACCUGCCGCUAGUCCUACCCCUAACCUUCCCGAACAGUCCCGACCAACGCACAGUGAGCCCCUCGAGGGUGAUCUAUCAAAUUUAGAAACCGGAAGCCCUGCCCCAGCGGCUGCCGAGGAUCGCGAGGAUAUUUGCACGCUGGCACGCGCGCUGGCCGACCAGCUGUAUCAGCAUCACGGCUGUUGUCGGGAGUGCCAUGAGCAGGCCCGUGUGGCGCACCACGAGACGCAUUCGGUUCAUACCGGGCUGGGGGACGUGGGUGGGUUUGUCAGUAGUCUGGCGGUAGCUCGUCGGGGGAUCCGAUGGCAUCCUACGCAGAUGGCGGUGUCCGACCUCCAGUCCAGCCUGCAUAUAGAUCCGGUUUCAGUCCAGUAUUUCGACUCAACCGGGCAGGCCCACCAUAUAUCUCUCUGUAUCUGCUCUUUCCCCGACUGUACCGGGAAGAUCAGCAAUCCAGCCCGUCUGCUAGACCAGGAUUUCCAGCAAUGGACGGACGAAAUCCUCCUCCCAAUCAUCAAUCGGUGUUAUUCCGGCGACCUGAUCCAGCACUACCCCUCUAGCUUCGACCAUAGCCGGCUGAACGCGACCGCCCGGGGAGUGGAAAUGCGGUCCCAGCGAGUGGAUCCCAUCCCCCGCGAGCAGUUGCUUUCCUACUUUCUUCCUCCCGAGGCGCUUCCCACGAUCUGGGAACAGAUUCUAGAGGCGACCCACCGCCCCGGAUUCCACCAGUUUCAGGAUCUUAAGAUUCUAAUCGAGGGGAAAAACCUAAAGACCUUGACUAAGGCAGACACAUUGGCCGAUCUCAUGACGGGCUUUCAACAACACUGGCAGAAUGCUGUUAACGAGGACGUUCUUGCCGAGCCGUUCUUCUACGAUCUCGAGACCCGGCGAACAUCACCGCAGCGGCGGGCCGGUCUCUAUUAUAGUCAAUUCUACGCCAGUGUGAAAGAGGUCUUCGCCGCCGGCAAUACAUAUCCAUUUACCAAUACUGCAACGGAGACCUUGGCGCUGGAUCCCCAGCUUCGCAAGACGUGGCAGACCGUUGGCGGUGGUCUUAGCCAUAAUCCGAUCGCGCUCAACCGGGCCUAUCUCACCACAAAGCAACGGUGCCAUGCUGCGUUACAAGGAUCGGUCCCUAAGGUCUUUGGCCUGCGCGAAGAGCACCGGGUCUCUCACGCUUUAUUUUGUCAGAUUCUGCACGAAUUUCAGACCCGGCAACAGUCUACCACCCGAUUUCUGGGUUCUGGAGAUCGGGUCGAGAGUUACUACGCUUUGCCGACCUUGACGCUUCUUCGCUGGUUCCGAUGGAAUAUCAACAAGUUUUGUGUUGGGUUUGAAAUGGUGUACAGCUUAAAUGACCGGCAUUUUGUGACCUGGGAGCAUACCCGGGUCAUGUUAAUGUUCCUCCGCUGCCUUCCAUUCUCCUACUCCGGCGGCCUUUUGGAGCGGGUCUCCGGCUGUUGGCGCGAUGUCUGGUUUCGCCCGGAUCCCACCCAGCCGGACGGUCUUCGGCGGUGCGAGGGGCUGGGCUUCCAGCGGAAUAUGCAGCAAUUUGGGUACGGCUGGUUCCUGGAGAAGAUAGAUUGGGAGAUGAUGGUGUUCCGACAGCCGGCCACGCAAUACAUCCAAUUCAACAACCCGUCGCUCCAAGCCGCGUACCACGCGCGUUAUCCCCAGGUGCGGGAUGUUCGCACGGACUUCAUUCGCAUCAGCCAGAUCCACCAGUGGAUGACCGAGUUUAGCAGUAUUCCUACCUGCCAAGACUAUCUGCAGAAAUAUCUGCGGCAGCUGUGUUUGCGGGCCUUUCGCAAGGAUGUUUUUACGCAGAUCAAACGGCUUCUAAAGCCCGAAUCCGUCACCGUAGCGUUAGCGGGAGAGACCCCGCUCUGCUGGCCGAGUCUUGAAGGCGCGCUGCAGGCCCAACACUGUCCGCCCUAUAUUGCGUCGGGGAACCGCAUGGCGGUCAAACAUAUCAAUGUCCUUUUUACCUGGCUAUGGGAGUGGCGCGAUGGCCGAUUCGAACGAAAAGGAUGGGAUCACAAGCCCUACCGACUUCUUUAUCAAAAGAGCUUCGAGGUGAUUACCCUUAUCCAAGGCAAGGACGCCGCUCGUCAGUGGAAACAGGGUCUGAAAGAUUCCUUUAUUCAGAGCCAUUGGAUGCUCCCCUAUCCUCAGAACAAUAGCUUCAUGCGAAAGUCGAAGGAGAGUGGCCAGGUGAUGUGGUGGUCCAGCGUGCAUCGCGGGAUGGAUCUGUACUACCACGAGCUGAAUGUGUUUGACCGCCCCUUUCCGGCGUCCUAUAUCAAGCAUCAUCCGACGACCGGUUGGAGCCCAUCGCAGCCCUCUCUCGCCCAUCUUGACUAUACAAUUGAACCUGAACAGCGCCUUCUGCAUCUAUCAGAUCCCGAGCUCUAUCAGACCCUACGCGAUCUACAGAGCCAAUGGACGUCGCUAAAUAGGCCGCCCCAACGACCGGUACACCAAUCUUCGCGAGUAAUUUUUGAGAAUCAGGAGCGGAUCCAGAAUCCAUUUGAUCCGAUCACUGGUCCGGUUGAGACAUGGUCGAUCUCCGCGUGUAGCCGGAAGCUCCAUCCCGCUCUAUAUAAAUAUGAGAUUCUUCACCACCGUCGGCAGUGCGUCCAGCGUCGUCGCCAUCCCUCCUCCUACCCGGACUAUUACUCUGACACUGAGCCCGAGCCUCCGGCCGAAAAUGAUGAGCAAACCUCCGAUGAAGAGGGAAUCGAACCGCAGAAAGCCCGGCUGAUCCAGUAUAUUCAGCAGAUCGAGAAGCGGAUGUACGAACUCAUCUGUCGCGAUCGUAAGCAAAUAUAA